CGCCCCCGUUGGCCUGUUAGACUCUCGUCUCUUUCACUCGAACCUCACACAAGGCAGGACCGAGCUAGCGGUCCGACAUAAGAAUCUUUCUUUCUCAGGGAGUCCGCCAUUGUUGGCGCACGCACGUAUAAUUUUCAACAGACUGCCGUAAUCCAAAAACAUCCAAAAUGGUGAACUUCACCGUAGACGAGAUCCGUCUUAUGAUGGACAAGAAGGAGAAUAUCAGAAACAUGUCCGUCAUUGCUCACGUCGAUCACGGAAAGUCAACUUUGACUGACUCCCUUGUGUCUAAGGCUGGUAUUAUUGCUGGUUCUAAAGCUGGAGAAACACGUUUUACUGAUACCAGAAAAGAUGAGCAGGAACGUUGCAUUACCAUCAAAUCAACGGCAAUUUCGAUGUACUUCGAACUCGACCAGAAGGAUUGUAUCUUCAUUACCAGCCCUGACCAACGCAGAAAGGAUGAGAAAGGUUUCUUGAUCAACCUUAUCGAUUCCCCCGGGCACGUUGAUUUCUCUAGUGAAGUAACAGCUGCUCUUCGUGUAACUGAUGGAGCCCUUGUUGUUGUUGAUUGUGUUUCUGGUGUAUGUGUACAGACUGAAACCGUAUUGCGUCAAGCUAUUGCUGAGCGCAUUAAGCCUGUUUUGUUCAUGAACAAAAUGGACCGUGCUCUGCUUGAAUUGCAACUGGAUAGUGAAGAUUUGUAUCAAACUUUCCAACGUAUUGUUGAAAACGUUAAUGUUAUUAUUGCUACAUACUCUGAUGAUGAUGGUCCUAUGGGAGAAGUUCGCGUUGAUCCAAGCAAAGGUUCUGUUGGUUUUGGUUCUGGACUUCAUGGAUGGGCUUUCACUUUGAAACAAUUUUCCGAAAUGUAUGCUGAGAAAUUCGGUAUUGAUGUCGUGAAACUAAUGAACAGAUUGUGGGGAGAAUCUUUCUUCAACCCUAAAACCAAGAAGUGGAGCAAACAAAAAGAAGCUGACAACAAGCGCUCUUUCUGCAUGUAUGUUUUGGACCCCAUCUACAAAGUAUUUGACUGCAUCAUGAACUACAAAAAAGACGAAUGCGAAGGUCUUCUUAAAAAGUUAGGAAUCGUUUUGAAGCCUGAAGAUAAAGAUAAGGAUGGAAAAGCUCUCCUUAAGGUUGUAAUGCGUACCUGGCUGCCAGCUGGAGAAGCUUUACUUCAGAUGAUAGCCAUUCAUUUGCCAUCUCCAGUAACAGCUCAGAAGUACAGAAUGGAAAUGCUCUACGAAGGACCUCAUGAUGAUGAAGCUGCUGUUGCGAUUAAGAACUGCGAUCCUAAUGGACCACUCAUGAUGUACGUAUCUAAAAUGGUACCGACAUCUGAUAAGGGUCGUUUCUAUGCCUUUGGACGAGUUUUCUCUGGAAAAGUGUCAACUGGCAUGAAAGCCCGUAUCAUGGGCCCUAAUUACCAACCAGGCAAGAAGGAAGAUCUUUAUGAGAAAGCCAUCCAACGUACCAUCCUUAUGAUGGGUCGUUAUGUCGAAGCUAUUGAGGAUGUUCCUUCAGGUAAUAUCUGCGGUCUGGUCGGAGUUGAUCAAUUUUUGGUCAAAACUGGAACCAUCACUACGUUCAAAGAAGCUCACAACAUGAAAGUCAUGAAAUUCUCUGUCUCGCCUGUUGUGCGAGUUGCUGUUGAACCUAAAAAUCCUGCUGAUCUGCCUAAACUUGUAGAAGGUUUGAAACGCUUAGCCAAGUCAGAUCCUAUGGUACAAUGUAUCAUUGAAGAAUCUGGAGAACACAUCAUUGCCGGCGCUGGUGAACUCCAUCUUGAAAUCUGUCUGAAAGAUCUUGAAGAAGAUCACGCUUGUAUUCCAAUUAAGAAGUCGGAUCCAGUUGUAUCAUACAGAGAAACUGUUUCUGAAGAAUCAGAUCAAAUGUGUUUGUCCAAGUCACCUAAUAAGCACAACCGUUUGUUCAUGAAGGCUCAACCAAUGCCUGAUGGUCUUGCUGAAGACAUCGACAAGGGUGAUGUAAAUCCUCGAGAUGACUUUAAGGUUCGUGCUCGUUAUCUGAGCGAAAAAUACGAUUAUGAUGUAACAGAAGCCAGGAAAAUCUGGUGCUUUGGCCCUGAUGGAACUGGACCUAACAUCCUUGUCGAUUGCACCAAGGGAGUGCAAUAUCUUAAUGAAAUCAAAGAUUCAGUCGUCGCUGGAUUCCAAUGGGCUGCUAAAGAAGGUGUGCUCUCCGAAGAAAAUCUUCGUGGCGUGCGAUUUAACAUUUAUGAUGUUACGUUACACGCUGACGCUAUCCAUAGAGGUGGUGGACAGAUUAUCCCCACAACAAGACGUUGUCUCUAUGCUUGCCUUCUUACUGCUUCACCGAGGCUCAUGGAACCCGUCUACCUUUGCGAAAUUCAGUGCCCUGAGGUUGCCGUUGGUGGUAUCUAUGGUGUCCUCAAUCGUAGACGUGGUCACGUUUUUGAAGAACAACAGGUGGCUGGUACGCCUAUGUUCGUCGUAAGAGCAUACUUGCCCGUAAACGAGUCGUUCGGCUUUACAGCUGACUUGCGUUCCAACACUGGCGGUCAAGCCUUCCCACAGUGCGUGUUCGACCAUUGGCAAAUCCUUCCAGGAGAUCCAAAAGAACCUGGAACUCGCCCAUACCAAGUUGUACAGGAUACACGUAAGAGGAAAGGACUGAAGGACGGUCUUCCAGACUUGGCUUCAUAUUUGGAUAAAUUGUAAACAGAGAUGCUCAUGAAUGUUAAAAUAUUUAUUUUGUAAUUGUUUUAUAUUAAUUUGCCGACUCUUCUGGACUUCUUUGGCAGAACACCUUCCAAAAUAUAUUCUAAUGAAAAGAUUCCAGAUAUUAAUGAAUUGUAUAAACUUUUUUUUACAAAAAAGAAGUUUAAUAAUAAAAUUCAACACCAAAACAUAUUUUUAAAUCAA